ACAGUGUGAACAUCGCCUAAUUUCGUUUGUUUAUCUUUUGCACUGAAAAAAAUUCAGUUUUUCUUAUCAAUUUCGUGACAACGAUAUAUAUUGUACAUAAUGUUUAUAUAUAUGUAUGUAAGGAUGUGCCACCAAACAUUAGUUUUUCAACAAGUGUUGAAGAAGUAUCAACUUAAAGUGCAAAGAAAAAAUGGUUAAGCAGGCUGCAAAUGAAAAAAGCAAAAAAUUUAAUUUUGCAAUUGAUCGCGGCGGCACCUUUACAGAUAUAAUAUGUAUGUGCCCCGACGGAAAAGUAAAAACAUUAAAAUUACUAUCUGAAGAUCCAGCACGAUAUAGUGAUGCUCCACGUGAAGGCAUACGACGUAUCUUAAAGGAGGAAACGGGAUGCGAUACAACUGCUUCAGGGCUAGUUGAUACAUCAUCAAUUGGCUGGGUACGUAUGGGAACAACUGUUGCUACAAAUGCACUACUUGAACGUAAAGGUGAUCCAGUUGCAUUAGUGGUGAAUAAAGGCUUUAAAGAUUUACUUUAUAUUGGUAAUCAAGCUCGUCCAAAGAUUUUUGAACUCAACAUACGUAAGCCUUCUAAUUUAUAUAAAGUUGUAGUGGAGGUAGAUUGUCGUAUAGUCCCAGAACAACAGGAGCGCUGUCAGCUAAAAAAUAAAUGGAAAGUGUUAACAGGAGCAGCUGGUGCAAAAUAUCUUGAAAAAAAUUCAGUUGAUGAAACUGCAAUACGCACAGCUUUACAGCAAGUUCGUCAGCAAGGAAUUCAAUCACUAGCCGUAGUUCUGGCACAUAGUUAUGCUUGUCCAGAGCAUGAACUCCGCAUUGGUGAAAUUGCGCGUGAUAUUGGUUUUACUCACAUAACCCUUUCGCAUCAAGCAAUGCCUAUGUGUCGUUUGGUGGCACGCGGAUUCACAGCCUGUGCCGAGGCAUACCUAACGCCACAUGUGAAACGUUAUUUAGAAAGUUUUAAAUCUGGUUUUGAAAAUCAACUUGCUGGAGUCGAUGUACUUUUUAUGCAAUCGGAUGGUGGUUUAACUCAAAUGGAUAAUUUUCGUGGUGCUCGGGCAGUUUUAUCGGGUCCAGCUGGUGGUGUUGUUGGUUAUGCUGUUACUGGAGCGCGUGAAACAGAUUUACCACUUAUCGGAUUUGAUAUGGGUGGCACUUCAACAGAUGUUUCAAGAUUUGCUGGGACAUAUGAGCAUGUGAUAGAAAGCACUACAGCAGGUGUUACAAUACAAGCACCACAGUUAGAUAUUAAUACUGUGGCAGCUGGUGGCGGUUCACGUUUAUUUUUCCGUUCGGGUCUCUUUGUAGUUGGCCCUGAAUCUGCUGGAGCUCAUCCCGGUCCAACUUGCUAUAAGAAAGGCGGUCCGUUAACGGUUACUGAUGCUAACUUAGUACUGGGCAGAAUUUUGCCGCAAUACUUUCCUAAAAUAUUCGGUCCCAAAGAGAACGAACCUUUAGACUAUUUAGAGACAAAAAGAAAUUUCGAAAAACUUCAAGUUACCAUUAAUGAUUAUUUAGCGACCACUGAAGAGAAAAACCAUAUGUCAAUAGAAUCAAUUGCUUUGGGAUUUAUACGCGUAGCAAAUGAAGCUAUGUGUCGUCCAAUACGUGCUUUGACACAAUCGCGUGGUUUGGACACAUCACGACAUGUGUUGGCUUGUUUUGGCGGUGCUGGUGGCCAGCAUGCAUGCUCAAUUGCUCGAGAAUUGGGCAUAAGUAAGGUUGUAGUUCAUAAAUAUGCUGGUAUUUUAUCUGCUUACGGCAUGGCACUUGCUGAUGUAGUGCAUGAAACUCAGGAGCCGUGUGGCUUAGUUUUUAAUGAUGAAAAUGCUGGAAUUUUUGAAGAACGUUUAAAUUUGCUUUCAGAAGAAUGUACAUCUUCGCUAAAGCAGCAAGGUUUUCAAAAUAUUUCCCUGAAACCAUUUUUACAUUUACGCUACGAAGGAACUGAUUGCGCGCUCAUUUGUUCACCUGCUUCAUCAAGCAAAACUGACAAUAUUUUAUUAAAAAAAUAUGGUGACUUUUACACCACAUUUUUAGAGCGUUAUAGAUCUGAAUUUGGUUUUGUUCUACAAAAUCGCUCAAUUAUAGUAGAUGAUAUAAGAGUACGUGGUCUGGGUAUUAACGAUACUCCUCCAGAAUUGCCGAUCGGAGUAGCAGAUAAUAAGACGCCACAACCAGAAACUUAUACUCAAAUUUAUUUCGACAUGGGGGUAUUUAACUCACCGGUAUAUCUUACUAAAGAUCUACUUGCAAAUCAUGUAAUAAAUGGGCCUGCUAUACUAAUUGAUCAGUUAUCAACAAUUCUUGUUGAACCAAAUUGCACGGCCGAAAUCACGCGUUUAGGGGAUAUAGUGAUAAACGUCACUACAAGUGGAACCACUAUCGUUGAUGAUAAACUUGACGCGAUACAAUUAAGCAUAUUUAGUCAUCGCUUCAUGAGCAUCGCUGAGCAAAUGGGAAGAGUUCUUCAACGUACUUCAAUUUCAACUAAUAUUAAAGAACGUCUCGAUUUUUCUUGCGCCUUAUUUGGGCCUGAUGGUGGUUUAGUCAGUAAUGCCCCUCAUAUACCCGUUCACUUGGGUGCCAUGCAGGAGACUGUACAAUAUCAACUAAAACAACGUGGUGAAACAUUGAAAAAUGGUGAUGUUAUUCUCUCUAACCAUCCACAAGCUGGUGGAUCCCAUCUCCCUGACUUAACUGUAAUAACACCCGUUUUUUAUCAAAAUGAACUGAAACCAGUUUUUUUCGUUGCUUCACGUGGUCAUCACGCCGACAUAGGUGGAAUAACACCUGGCUCAAUGCCGCCACAUUCCACUUCACUUUCACAAGAAGGUGCUGCAUUCAAAUCUUUCCUUAUAGUUGAAAACGGCAUAUUUCAGGAAGAGCAAGUUGUUGAACGCUUUACAACCCCAACUGGUGCAAAAGGUGCUACAGGCACGAGAAAUUUGUCAGAUAAUAUAUCUGAUUUAAAAGCACAAAUUGCUGCAAACCAAAAGGGCAUACAGUUGGUUUCAGAGUUGAUCGAUAGCUAUGGUCUACAUGUAGUACAAUCCUACAUGCGCUAUAUACAACAAAAUGCGGAAGUGGCGGUAAGGGAUAUGUUGAAGCAAAUAGCAAGGGAUACAUUACAACGCACUGGUACAACAGUACUAGAAGCAGUAGAAUGUAUGGAUGAUGGUUCACCAAUAAAAUUAUGUGUUACUAUUGAUGCAGAAAAUGGUUCUGCACUUUGUGAUUUUACUGGAUCUGGUGUCGAAGUAUGGGGCAAUUGCAAUGCACCGAGAGCAAUUACACUUUCAGCUCUCAUAUAUUGUUUACGUUGUAUGGUGGGUUAUGAUGUACCACUCAAUCAAGGCUGCCUUGCGCCUAUAAAAAUUAUCAUACCUAAAAACUCUAUACUUGAUCCUUCUGAGGGUGCAGCAGUAGUUGGAGGAAAUGUAUUAACCUCACAACGUAUUGUUGAUACUGUAUUGAAAGCAUUUAAUGUUUGUGCAGCCUCACAGGGUUGUAUGAAUAAUAUUACUAUUGGUGAUGAAAUGUGGGGCUAUUAUGAAACAGUAGCCGGAGGUAGUGGUGCAGGACCAACAUGGAAUGGUGUUGGUGGUGUGCAUACACAUAUGACAAAUACACGCAUAACUGAUCCAGAAAUACUUGAAUCACGUUAUCCAAUAAUUUUAAAUCGUUUCUGUUUACGUUCUGAUAACUCUGGUGGGUAUGGGCAGUUUUAUGGUGGCGAAGGAAUUGAAAGAGAGCUACUAUUUCGUAAAGCAGUCACUUUAUCAGUGCUUACCGAAAGGCGUACACUGCAACCUUAUGGAUUGGAUGGUGGUUCACCUGGCAAAUGUGGACUUAAUUUGUUACAGAAGAGUGAUGGACGCAUUAUUUCACUCGGUGGAAAAACAUGUAUUGAUGUAGAAACUGGAGAUAUAUUUUCAAUGAAAACGCCUGGAGGAGGAGGUUAUGGUAAAGCUACUUCUAACUCACAAGCAUUGAUUGACAAAAACACGAAUGCACAGCAAUUUACUGAACGAGGCACAGUUUAUGAAUAUCGUCAGGCGCAAGAGUCAGCUUAAAAAAUUCUUUGAAGUUAUUUUUUUUUAAGUUGGAAUUUAAAUCAUGCAAGUGCA